UUCUUAGUCCCCAUAAAUCGAAUUUUAAUGCGUGAGAUGUUGUAUUUACUUCUCUUGAAUAAAUAUUUGAAGCAGGCAGUUACUUGGAUAGCGCAUACCGGUGACGCCAGCAAACAACCGUUGGGGCAGGUGCGCCAUUUUGGCUCAAACAGUCAGAAUUUACUUUCUUUGCAAUUUCAUAUUUUUUGGCAUGCUGCGAACAUCGCUUAAUAUUUUUGUUAAUGGUUGGGAUGAGAUCAUGUUUCACCACAUUCUGUAUUUAGUGUUUUGUUUCCUAUGAGAACAAGUGUAACGUUCUGGUAGCAUUAGCCUCACYAAGCUACAUGCUAGUUAGCUGUGUCGUUCGAUUGCAUCGCCAACAACACUGGCUGAUGGUUAGCUUGUUAGCUACAUUUAGCUGUUUUGACUUGUUAGCUCGCUAGAUAUGGGUGGGUGCUCCGCUCCAAAUUGCUCAAACUCAACAACCAUUGGGAAGCAACUGUUUCGUUUUCCAAAAGAGCCUAUACGUAAGAAGAAAUGGCUUGUAAACUGCCGGCGUAAUUUUCUACCAACUCCACAUUCCAGACUGUGUCAGAACCAUUUUGAGCUGAGUCAGUUUGAAGAAAUCGCCAGGUCGCCAGCAGGGGGAAAGAAGCUGAAACCAAAUGCCAUCCCCACUCUUUUCAAUGUGCGAGAUCCACCUUAUCCCGUAACCCCACAGAUAGUGCUACCACUCAAGCCAGAGCCAGUGGAGAGGGAUCUCAAUGUGGGGGAUCAUGGCUACGCACGACGGCAAACAACUCUAGGCAUGGAGGAAGAUGAUGCUGAUGAACUACACAAGGCAGAGGAACGUCCCUGCAUCCAUUGUCAACAUUACAGAACACUGCUGGAACAAGAAAUGCAACACACAGCCAGAUUACAGAAAGAGGUAGAGGAAAUGAAAAAGCGAAUGUUCAGACUGGACAGAAUAGAGAGGGGCCUCCAGACAUUUCUGUAUGAAGACCAGGUCCGCGCCCUGACACUGACCAAGCGUUCCCGGAGAGCUGUGUGGUCCCACGAGACAGUGCUGAAGGCCCGUAAGAUCCGAUGUGCGGUCGGUGGUAAAGGUUAUGAAUUCCUCCGGGAGUUAGGCUACCCCCUGCCCUCUUAUAGAACUUUAUGCAACCGCCUGGAUAACAAAAUCAUGUUGACGACAGCCAUGGGGUGUGAUGAGCUGGCAGAGCUAGGUCUAGGAAUCAUAUCCACAUGUGAUAGUCCAGAGGGAGAUGGGGACGAUGAGGCUUUCAUUGGAGUGAUCUCAUGAAAGAGAGAUUUUAAUUUAAUUUAUUUCAGUGUGUGUUUCAUUUUACAGGACAAUAUAGCAAAGACUGACUGUAUGACAGCUAGUAGGCCUAUGUGGUGAAGAAAAUGUGGAAGCAUAUGCACAAUGGGAGAUGUGUGUGUUAAUGCAGAGGUGUYAAACAUACGGCCCGGGGGGUUUGAGGAAAAAUAAGUAUAUAUUUUUUAAAUUGUUGGGGGGUAACAAACUCAAUAUACUUUAAAAUGACUCAAACCAAUUUUA